UAAAGAUGUCCACCAUUCCUGCUCAAUAACGGUUUUCUUAUACAGUAAGUACUGCCUUUCCAUAGUGGACGACUCCUCAGGUCUGUGAAGAAAUGGUGUUCUGUUGGUGUGCUCUAGCUCUGUUGACUCUGGCCCCAGUGGUUACAGGUAACAAUGCUGGAGUUAAAGUCAGACUUACUCAGAGGGGACUUGAUUACGCUGUAUCCCCUAUUAUCAAGCAGGUGCUCUUAAAUAUGGAAAUUCCAGACCAAGAAGGUACAGGACGUCUGAAGUAUAUUGCUAAAGGAUUGAAAAUUUAUAACCUGGAAAAUUUUAAAUUAGUGCAGACGUUUGUUCGUGGAACUGGAGUCAGAAUAGAAGUUAGUGCCAACAUUUACAUGUCUGGAAAUGUGACAGUAGAUAGAAGGGUACACACUUUUGGUCCGUCUAAUCUGACUGUGGAUACACUUUCCAUCAGUGCCUUUGUUGCAGUAAAAAGGGAUGAACACCCAACAUUCAAAAUAAAUGAAUGUACAGCAAACAUUGGGCGUUUGGAUGUCGAUCUUCAGAACGGUUGUUGUGUUGACAGUUGUGUUAAGGGAAUUAUUUCCUGCUCAAAUUGGGGUUUGCGCUGGUAUAUUGCAAGAAAGAUCUGCCCCCUGCUGGAAAAUUACCUUGACAAUUUAAACACCCAGUUGGCAACAAUGAAUGCUACAAUAAAUGAAUAUGCUGCAAUAGACUACUCGCUGAGGUCUGUUGACAUCACUGAUACCAGCAUUGAGUUAGGACUUAAGGGCAUAUUCUACAACACUCCGCGCACUCAAGAACCUCGCUUCCCUUCCACUGCUGUCUCAUGCACUUCGCUGAACAGCAAAAUGUUCUGCGUUGCAAUAUCUGCCUUCACCAUCAACUCAGCAUUCUCGGUGUUCCACAACACUGGUGUCUUCAACAUCACAAUCACUGAUGACAUGAUCCCUUCUGUUUCUCCGAUUCGUCUCAGCACCACGACAUUUGGAGCAUUCGUUCCUCAAAUUUCUGAAAAAUACCCUGAUCUGAAGUUGGAGCUGGAGGUAAAGACAGUAAAGGAACCUGACAUUCAAUUUGAACCCAACAAUGUGAUUCUUAAGAUCUUCAGUACAGUGACAGCUGUCCAAUCUGGCAACAGACUAACUCAACUCUUCAUCCUCAAUCUGGAAAGCAGUGCCAGUGUUCAAGUGUCUGUGAGAGAGGAUAAGCUGGUAUUAGCUUUAAACCUUGAGAAAAUUGAUGUGAGUAUGAACACCAAAACAUUUAAGUUCACAAAUCUCAGUUUCUUGAACAUGGCCAUAAAAGACAUCCUCUUUCCCAUUAUUAAAGCUCACUUAGCGAAAGAUUUCCCACUUCCUGGUUUACUUAGAUCCACCAUGGUACGCUUUAUAAACCCUCAAGUUGAGGUUCUCAAAGAUUAUGUGAUGAUUGGAACAGAUAUUCAGUUUGGAGAAAACACCUAAUAUUAAGACCACUAAGGGAAAAUAUGUUUGUAAAGGUGAUUUAAAGAGAAAUGAAAUGCAUUUGCCUCUGCAAAAAAUCAUGUUUUGAAAUUUGCAUAAAUAAAUUCAUGAGGCAAUAUUGCCCCGAUAACUGCAUUCAUUUGUUUCUUAUGGUUUGUAAAUGUAUUCCUCUA